AUGAAAUCCUCUCUGCUUAUCUCCGCCGCUCUACUACUGCUCGGCACUGUCGUAGCGGAAGACGCAGGGCUCCAGAAGAAACAGGAAGGUGGCGAUCAGUGCCUAAACACGCAAGUGACGAACUGUCAGAAUGCACUGAACUCGAAGGAUAACGAAAGGUUCUGCGACGGCAACUGCGAGGAGGUGUUGGGAGAGUAUUACAAGUGCCAGGGAUUUGACACGUUCGUCAUACAACGAGACGAGGAGUGCGGCACUGCGGGGACCACCGUGGGAUCUGCUGUAUUAGUAUCGGCACUUCUGACCGCUCUGGUUGCUACCCUCAGUUAA